UUAAACGCCAUUUUAUAAAAAUGGCUGGCUUGUUGUUGGCGACUGUUGGGUGCUUGUUUGGGAAUUAAUGUUUGUUUCUUUUGAUUAUAAUGAGUUUGGUUUAUCAGCGUAUAUUUUCACGUAGUUCGAUACAUGACAAUGUACUGUGAUCAAUGAGCCUGCAACGAGAUAAAGCAUUGUAUAAAAAGAACAAUAUGUGGCCCUCGUCUCAAUAUACGCAUACUAACCAUGCCCAGACUACGGUUAAAACAAAUGAGCAUCAGAAUCAACAGAACUUGAAGACACUCGGAAUGACCUCUGCUAUAUCUAUGGCAGGUCCAAAGCCAAUUGACGUUGAAAAGACGAGUGACUUGAAAGAUUCUCUCGUGCCAUUUGGUGUAUUCGAGUCUGAGGCUGAGAUGCAUCACCGUAUGGAAGUUCUCGGGGCGCUGCACCGGCUCGUCCGCCAGUGGAUCAGAGACGAGUCACUGAGGAAGAACAUGCCGCCGAGCGUUGCUGAUACCGUCGGCGGGAAUAUUUAUACAUUUGGAUCGUAUAGGCUUGGGGUGCACCACCGCGGCGCCGAUAUCGACGCUCUGUGCGUCGCGCCGCGGCACAUCGAUCGCUCUGACUACUUCCAGUCUUUCUACGAGCUGCUCAAGGCACAGCCGCAGGUGAAAGAUUUGAGAGCAGUGGAAGAUGCAUAUGUGCCCGUGAUCAAGAUGAACUUUGAUGGCAUUGAAAUUGAUUUACUGUUCGCCAGACUUGCUCUCAAGGAAAUACCAGAUUCCUUUGAUCUCCGUGAUGACAUUCUUCUUAAGAAUUUAGAUCAGAAAUGCGUCCGAUCUCUUAAUGGAUGCAGAGUAACUGAUGAGAUAUUGCGUCUUGUGCCUAAUAUCAAUAAUUUCAGAUUGACCUUACGGGCUAUCAAGCUUUGGGCUAAACGUCACGGCAUCUAUUCCAACACUCUGGGCUACCUGGGUGGGGUGUCGUGGGCCAUGCUGGUGGCCCGCACGUGCCAGCUGUACCCCAACGCGCUGCCGGCCACGCUGGUACACAAAUUCUUCCUGGUGUUCAGCCAGUGGAAGUGGCCGCAGCCCGUGCUGCUAAAGCAGCCGGACGCCGUCAACCUCGGAUUCCCCGUGUGGGACCCGCGCGUCAACGUGGCCGACCGCUUCCACCUCAUGCCGAUCAUCACGCCGGCUUACCCGCAGCAGAACUCCACCUUCAACGUGUCCGCGUCCACCAGGACCGUCAUCAUGGAGGAGUUCCGCCUGGGUCUGGCGAUCACGGACGAGAUAAUGCUGAGCAAGUGCGGCUGGGAGCGCCUGUUCGAGGCGCCCAACUUCUUCUCCCGCUACCGGCACUUCAUCGUGCUGCUGGCGUCGUCGGCGCGCGCGCUGGACCAGCUGCAGUGGUGCGGCCUCAUCGAGAGCAAGAUCCGACAUCUCAUCGCUACAUUAGAAAGAAAUCAACACAUAACAAUAGCCCACGUUAACCCCGAGUGCUAUAACUCGGUACCACUGAGCACCAACAACGGCCAGCCAUUAGCAUUACCACCAGGCACACCCGUACCAGGGGACAUCGCAUUAAAUGAGAUAAAGAAAAAUGAAAAAGGCGAAGUGAUAGCCAAUGUGUGUUCGAUGUGGUUCAUCGGUCUGGUGUUCGACAAGACCAACGUGAACGUCGACCUGACGUACGACAUCUCGUCCUUCACGAAGGCCGUUCACUACCAAGCUGAGAACACUAGUAUGUUACGUGAGGGGAUGACGAUUGAGGCGCGGCACGUGCGUCGCAAGCAGCUGCACCAGUUCCUGUCGCCGUCGCUGCUGAAGCGCGAGCGCACGGCGUCCGGCAACAAGCGCAAGCUGGACGCGCCGCCGCCGCCGCCGCUCAAGAAGACCAAGCGCCUGUCCGAGAGCAGCACUGAUGAUAUCAGCUGCUUUUCAUACAACGAAGACUCAAACUCGUCAAACAUGUACGAGGUGAACCUCCAGAACGGUAACUUGCCGAGCCACAACUCCCAGGAUGCGGACAGGAACAAGACGGCGGCCGAGAAGCAGAUGGCGCCGGCGUCAGAGCACCCUUCCACGUCGAACAGUAUCGCGUGUACGUAGCAGUACGAGGAAUGGCGCCAACGGUUCAUCUACGGAACCAGUAACGUCAAAAAAUACAGAGUUAAACGCGCCUAAGACGUUAAGUGAAUAGUUAAGUGUGCCUCAGUGGCUACGAGAAACUCCAAUAGAGAAAAGAACAAUAUGUCUAUAGUGACAGUGAAUAGUGCUUAAGGACCGCGACUGAAUGAGACAGUUAACGGAUAACAGAUCUAAAGUUUUUUUGUUCAUAUUUGUGCAAUAGCUUUUGGGAAGCUGCUGAUUUUACUAUGGGUAAGCCGGAAAUAUCAGUAAUCUUGACUAUAGCUAUACUAGAAGUAGAUGAACUCUUAUUAAUGUAGUCAUGAUUUAUAACGAAUAUUUCUUAUUUAUUCGUUAGAUAUUGCACGGCACAGCGUCGUCGUUACGUAAGAUUAAUUACAUAGAUUAAGGUAUUGAAAUAAAAACAAUUAUGAUAAUUUGACAUAAAAGGUCCAGUAUUAGUUAAAUUCGUGAAAAUUGUUUCAUUACAGGUCCCCGGGGUACACGGCUGACAUGUGAGUUGGUUUUAACAAUAGAUAGGAUGAUCUAUUGGGGUUUGCGAGGGGACUAUUUAAACCUGCACUAGUCUAGGAGAAAUUGUUACAUGCAUUUACAUGAAAAUGAUAUAUUUCUUAAAUUCCUUAAAUAGGUCAACUUUUUAUAGUUCACAAAUUUAAUGAGUCAAUAUCAUCAAAUAAUAAUUUGUAUUAUAAAGCAAAUAUCUUCUCUAGGGACAAUUGGUUAACGAGAUAUAAAUAGUUUUCUUGCAAACACCACGGUAGUACAAAGUGGAAGAAACUGUUUUUUGUGAAUCCUUUUAAAUAAUUCAGUAACCUUGUGUUUUAAAUUUGAUUAUAUUUCUCGUCCAUUAUUUAUGAAGUAGUAAUUGAUUUAAAAAAUAAAAAAUGCCUUAAAAAAUUCUUCUACUUGUUGAUUUAUUCACACUAUUCCAAAAUUAUAUCAUUCAGCAUUAUAAUGAGUUUGCAUUGUUCUUCUUAAUGUUUUACCCGUUAUGACAAUUUUAAUCGUUAGUAUUAUAAUGUACACAUAUUGCACGUAAUUAAACUGAAUUUUACAAUUUAAGCGUUUAUAUAAAUUUCUAUCUGUAAUAGUGUAUUGGUGUUUAUUAGUGUUGGACAAUUAAUGAUCAUUGAAUCAUUCGAUAUUGAACAUAUUUCGAUUAAAACCAUUAUGUAUUACCAGGGUUCACAACUGUACGAUAAUUUCAUACCUACGUACGAUGUACGAUAGUACACUACUAUCGUACGUGGAUUGUACGAUAAUUUCCAUUAUGAUGUAAAAUUCGAUAAUUACACGAAUCAAUAACAAUUACAAUUGUUUUUACUAUCAACGCCAUCUAUUGGUUCAUUUCUUUCUUAGGAACAAUGGCAGCAACUUCUUUUUUGUUGUGAUGCGGAAUGUUGGCAGUUACAAUAUUUCCAAUAUUUUGCGAGAUCGAAACGAAAAAAAUUGGACGAUGACUUUUUUUUAGUGUACUGCUGAUUUCAACUGUAAUUACAUUACAAAUAUAUUGUUGUGUUUUAUAUAAUAUUAUUGCAUAUAUAUCAUUAUCCUAUUGUACGAUAAUGUAUGAUAAUUUUAAGGCCCUGGUACAAUAACUGAUUGGCAUUAGGUUGUGAACCCUGUGAAUUACUAAUUUGUAGUAUGCAUCUCAGAGUGAGCUGCUGUAGUCGUCACAUGCGAAUGUAGGAUUUGUACGAUUACGAGUAUAUCAAUUAAAUUAUUUGCAAAUGUAUCUCCAAGUUGUGUCGUCAGGGCACAUGGUUUAUGUAGUAGAAAUCAAAUACGAGUUAAUCUUAUAAAUGUGUCUAUGUGAUAAUAAUUGUCUAUUAUACAAAUAAAAUUAUAGGUAUAUUCCUGUAAAAAGCGAAACCUUUAAAGAAAUAAUAUCUUUUUGAAAUUGACAUUCUAUCGAUAUCCAUGACAAAAAUUGCGUAUUAAUAAAUUGUAAUAAUUAUAAAUGUAAAAUUUGUAUAUAAAUGUGUUUUAAGUACGGUUUACAAUUGACGCAAAUCAUGAGAAAACGAGACUUAUGCCAUAGAAAGAAAAAUAAUAAAUCUGUAGUCCGAAUUGUUAAAUUAGUUCCACUUGGAUGAUGAAAUAUUAUAUAGAACUAAACUCACGCAUGUAAAAUCACGGUAUAGUUGCUAAUAUGUUAUAUGAUAUUUGAACAAAACACAUAAAUAAUAUUUUCAAAUAGAAUUAACCUUGACUUUUUUUUAAUUUUAAUUUAUAACUUUAUUUCAAUAUUUGAAGAAACCAUAGAUUUACAGAUUGAUUUGCUAAUAACUCUGCUAUCUAUAGCUAUUAUGCACUACAAUCAGUUCUCAAUUACUUUAUCUUUAUUUAUUAAUUAACGACCUGGCUACUCACAUCCACUUAAUAUAUGCUUGCAAAGUUACGUUAACGACAUCGCCAACGCAUUAAAUAGCCAUUUAUUCAUAAACUCAUAAUAAAGACCACAGAUAAUUUUAGAUCUUGAACAACUCUUUAAUCCAAAUAAUAUUAUUGUCAUAAUGUGCUGUUAUUAUCGAAAUAUUUUUUACUAGCAUCCAUAAUAAACAAUUUUUGAAGUACACUUAAAAGAAGUAUAUGCGAAAUGUAAUGGCUAUUCACUUAUACCUGACCACUCCACAGUCAUCUAGACACACCACAAACAAUAUUGUAAAUGUACGAGGUAUACAUGUUAGGGAUCGUAACUUAAGUCUAUGUAUAUAAUUUAGUAUUUUCUUGUACACUAGAUUUUUUGAAAUUCUAUUCGAAAUGUAGCUAUUUUAUGUGUAGAUUGAAAUGUUUACAUAUAAAUAUUUUAUAUUAAAUUAUAAAGGGAUAUAUUAGUCAAAUUUAAGGAGAAUGAUGCAAAUAUACUUAACAUUAGUGUCUCAAACUGUUGACCGAAUUGUAUGUGCUGGGAUAUUGAGAAUAAAUCUGUGUUUGAUACAUGUAUCGUGAUUUCUUUUAAACCUCACCUGUCUUUGUAUGUAAUGUGCAAAACAAAUAAUUACAAAGUAAAAUUUAACUCCCGUAAGACAUGAUAAUUAAAAGAAUUUAAUUUAUUUAUGUAUAUUUCAAAUUAUGUACAUUCACAAAGGAAAAUAAUUUAAGUUCCUUCUAUGUUUAAAAACAUAUAAAUAUUUGUUAAAACUCAAAUACAAAUAAUGAUUGAAGCCAUAAAUUAAUAAAUAUGUCAUGUUGGGUUUUAUGUUUACGUUUAAUAGUCAGUAAGUACUUUGUAAUUUUAAGCGUUUAAGAGAAAUCAUGUAUCAUGAUAGUAUUAAAUUUAUUAUUAAUAAAAAUGAUUCCACCUAGAAUAAGACUCAAAUGUAGUUCUCUUUAAGGACCUUCUUGAUGUUUUGUAAGUUGUAUAUAUAAUAGCCAAUUCAUUGUAAUUAUGUAUGAAAAAAUAUAUUGGGAAAAACAUAAAAAAAUAAAUAUUUACAAAAGGAAA